CAGUGCUGACCCCAGCACCCCUUUUUGUGCCUCUGAGGUGAGAGGGAUGUGGUCGGGUCAAGGAGCAGAAAUAGAAGCAAAAGGAGAACUGGAGGUCUUCCCGCCCCAUCUGCGCUGCCUGCUAGAAUAGGCCUGGCCGCACCCCCACGGUGCCUGCCUGGUGACUCAGGGUGAGCUGCAGCUGCUCCCAGUGUGACAGUGUGAUGCCACGGAGGGGACGGCAGGCCUCUGCAGACUACAGGGGAGGCUGGCUGGCUGCCCGGGCUGGAUCCAGGCACCCUGCAGCCCAGGGCCUGGCCCUGUCCCCUCGUGGCUCCCACAGUUGAGGAAUGUAUCUGAUUCAUGCGUCACUGGCACUGACCGAACUCAGAGACCACAGUAACAGGUUAGACCAGAACUCACCGGCUUGCCCCGGACUCCCUGCGGACAGCUGUACAGGAACACGCAUAAUCAGGAGGUUUAGCAAAGAAGCAGAAUAGGGAUUGGUUCUAGAAUUGGAAGGGGCAACAAGUAUUCUGGUUUUUAUAAUCUGUUGCUUCUGUAUCUCUAAUUGGCACCUGCUCUGUGACUGCUGAGAGGACUUGCCCAGUCUCAGCUCUGGCUGACCUGCCUGUGUUUCAGCAACAGACUUUGACCCGCCUGCACUUCUUUCUUUAGAUAUGAUAAUGUCUCCAAAAGGUGCCUGGAAAGUGCAAAGACCUGGAAGCCAGUUCUGUCCUGUAGAGAUUAAGUAAACCAGUUGUCUGUGCCUGGCUCCUGGCAGGGGCCUCACAGCCUGCUGUUCUGUGUGUGCUGCUUAUUCCCAUAGUCAGACACCAGGGCCCAGUGUGGUUUAGAAAGAAACUUGUUUUCUUGGCUUCUACGUGGUGAAAAAUCAAGUUCAGAACCCACGAACCCAGCUUUGGUCCUCGAGUCCUGGGGCCCCUCCCACCCUGGCCAAACCAAAGACUUCCUGAAGGUCCACUCGGCUCACCACUUCCACUGGGGGAUUUGAGUCAUCACUUUGGCCAGAACUUUCCGGAGUCAGGGGAUCCCCCGUUUGAAGGCAAGGUCCCAUAGAUGUUAGCUGUUCUGGCCAGCAGCACAUUGAGGCUGUGUCUGAUUGCGGAGCUGUUUACAAGUAGCUUUGCCACAUGGAACUCGGAGUACCGAGGCCAUGUUCUUGUCUCAGGUUCUAGAAGUGAAAUGCUUUAGCAAGGCCCAUUCCAGUGUAAUUAUUAAGGGUGUUUUACCUGUGGGGUCUGUGAGCUGUGUGACUGACCACAGACCGCCGCGAAAGCCACAGCCUGGCUGUGGAAGUCCCGGGAAGAGCGUGGCACCGCGUGUCCACACCGGCCGCCCUCCCGCCUCCCCAUCCCUUCUCCUGCACCCCCGUGGCUGUCAUGCGUGUUUGAGUGUCUUUGUAAAUGCAUUAAGAAUGAGGUACAGAACUAAAAGGAGUAUUUUCCAUGAUGUCUUUGCCUCACGGGGUCAGUGCUGUGUCCUAGCUUCUGCUUAGCGUGAAGGGGAUUAUCUUUUCUUCCCUCAGACUGAAGACCGAUACAUGACGAUCCCCGAGGCAGCUGCGCUGACUCCGUUUCCUGGGACGAGACUCGGUGUGGGGCCCCGAAGCCCUGCGUUGGCCCCGGGCCCCCUCACGACUGGGGACGAUGACCGCUGCAAGCACCGGGGCCACAUCGGAGGGCGUCUUCGACCUGGACUACGCCUCCUGGAGCAUCCGCACGACGCUGGCCGUGGCCGGCUUCACCUUCUACCUGGGCGUCUUUGUGGUCUGCCACCAGCUGUCGUCCUCCCUGAACGCCACCUACCGCGCCCUGGCGGCCAGAGAGAAGGUCUUCUGGGACCUGGCGGCCACGCGGGCGGUCUUCGGCGUUCAGAGCACCGCCGCGGGCCUGUGGGCUCUGCUGGGGGACCCCGUGCUGCAGGCGGACAAGGCGCACGGCCAGCAGAACUGGUGCUGGUUCCACGUCACCACGGCCACCGGCUUCUUCUUCUUUGAGAACGCCGCGGUCCACCUGUCCAACCUGUCCUUCCGGACGUUCGACUGGUUCCUGGCCGUGCACCAUCUCUUCGCCUUCCUGGGCUUUCUUGGCUGUGUGGCCAACCUCAGGGCUGGCCACUACCUGGCCAUGACCACGCUGCUGCUGGAGAUGAGCACGCCCUUCACCUGCGCCUCCUGGAUGCUCCUGAAGGCCGGCUGGGCGGACUCUCUGCUGUGGAAGCUCAACCAGUGGCUGAUGAUCCACAUGUUCCACUGCCGCAUGGUGCUGACCUACCACAUGUGGUGGGUGUGUUUCUGGUACUGGGACGGCCUGGCCAGCAGCCUGUACCCGCCGCACUUCGCGCUCUUCCUCCUGGGGCUGGCUCUGCUCACACUCAUCCUCAACCCCUACUGGACCCAUAAAAAGACCCAGCAGCUUCUCAACCCCGUGGACUGGAACUUCGCACAGCCGGACGGCAAGAGCAGUCGGCUGGACAGGACCAACGGUCAGGUGCUGCAGAAGAAGAGGUCGUAGCCACACGGGGAUCACACGGCUCCCAGGUGCCAGUGGACAGGGACACUCGGGCCCUGCCAGGUUCCGUGAACGAUGGCUUUGGUGACGGAUGAGGUAGUGAACGUUUUGUGUUUAGUUCUAAGUGAAACACUAACUUUCUCUCUCAUUAGCAUUAAUUUUGAAGUAGCCACAAAGUGUUCUUAAGACCUUGAUUCUCCUGAUUCACAGAUUUUUGCCGUAACGAUUUCUUGACUGUUCUGGAAUCUUCCAGCCACGUCAGACCAGGGUUAGCACCAGGGAAAGGCCGCGGCGUCGGGCACUGCAGGCUGUCCCGGGGUGGCUUUGCUUGACUGCGUGAAUCGGCUUCACAUUAAAGUGCCACGUGGCGGGUGGGGGCGGCUCAGCGUGGACUUCCGGUCGCACGCCCACGUUGUGUGUGUCUUGUUCUGAGUCAUGUUCCUUUGAGAUGGAGAGAACUGGCCCAAGAGAGAAAAUGAUACGAUUGGCUAUCCUUGUUAAAGUUCCCCAUUGUAUGACAUUUAAACACCAGGUGUGCGGCAGUGCCAUCUGGUGGCGGAAGGUGCACAGGCACGGUCCUGGGGUCGUGACUCUCCUGGCGGGGCAGAGGCGCCUGGGGUUUGCCUGCCCUGGCAGGGUGUGGGGGGUGGUCCAGGUGAAGUCUUGCAAGUGUUUUAAAUCACUGAACCUAUUUUAAAAUGAGAAUUUAAAAUUCAUAUUGUAUUGCUCAAUUGACAAAAUAAGGUAGGUAUUUGGUCAUCAGAUUGUCUAGGUUUUAGAGCCACUUUUAAUUGACUGGGUUGCCCAUAAGUGCGCAGACUAGACCCCAAUUCCUUGGCUGGUAUUUCUCUGUAGAUGUCAAAACAAAGGAGUGAUGGUGUUUUCCUUCGAGCUGUGGGUGGACCCAGACCCCUCAGAGACGCUCAGCUGCAGGCCUCGGGUCCCUAGAAGGCCCCCCGGCGGCCCCUGCCCACCCACGGCCUGGGGACGGGUCCCAGAGUAGGCUGUUUUACUGUUUUGUGCCCAGGUAGAAUUCAUAGACCGAGUUAGCAAUUUUAUUGACACUCAGACACAAUUCUUUUUGCCGUGAAUAUGCAAUUUAAAGUCAAAGUUUAUUUUUAUCCAAAGCACCACUGGAGUGUUUGUGGAAAGCACAGGUUUGUUGCUCAUGAAAAUCGUGUGUGACACGCUGGUUACGUGUCAUGGAACUCUCAGAAUAGUGCAUUUUGAUUACCGGGGCUUUGACUUUAUUGAUGAGACUUAGGUCAAGGUAUGUAAUAACCUAUGUAUCUCAUUUUAAGAAAUGCUCUAAAUCUCAGCCGUAUGCAGCAAAUGGUGUCCCUGCUGAGACUGGGGACUGGAACCCGGGCCUCCCCCAGGGUCGGCGGCAGGGCGUCCCUCAGCUGGGCGGGAGUUUAAUAAAGUAACGAUACUCACGGAA